AAAGUGGGAGCUUUCAGCCUUAUCCAAAACUGCUGACUGGCCACCUCCGGAGACGUUGCAUUCUAUAAAUGCCUUGAGAUGAUCAGUUACAAUUACAAACAACACAAAUCUGAUCCAGUUAUUGUUGAAGGAGGAGAGAAGCAAGGAUGUCUGAUAUUGCAAUGUUGGUGGCAGAAGAGUACGAGAGGAGGGUCAGCAUUCUGAGGAAGGCUGGCGUUGAUGGCGUUGGCGUAUCACAGGAGAGGAUUGAUGAAGGAGCUUCGGUUUUGGCUCAGAGGCUGAUGAAGCACAAGAGAGAGGUCCUCCAGUGGGCCUGGGAGCCCAAAUCCCAAGUGGGCGUCGCCGCUUCUGCCAGCUUCUUCUCUGCUUGAUCCUCAUGCUUCUUCCUCUUUUACUUCUCCAUUUGUACAUCCUUUGUUCUAUUCCAAUAUGUUAAAGCAACUUGUGUUCUCCGCUUAUCUCAGCACCUUCCCUCUAUUUAUUUGCCUUCCGUUUCUUCAUAUUCACAUUCACAUUCACAGUCACAAUAGUAGUAAUUAGAACUGAGUUUUUCUACGAAUCAUCGAUCAUUCCAUAAAAUUCAACAGCCCCCAGCGCCAACAUUUCCUCGUCGGCGGAUCUUCGGUGUCGCCGGCUGUUUGAUGCCCGCGGGGUCGUCUUCCCUCCAAGUUAACGGUUCUUCCUUCUC